AUGAGUACAGUGCGAGACACUAGCCAGGAAGCUGAUUCCGCCAUUCAGGGCUGGCUGAAGGACAUUCCUGACAAGCAAAUUCAAAGGCAUUCGCUUCUGAGCGGUCAGCUUUUCGACAUUCAAAACUUAGACAAAACCUCCAAUUCAAGUGAAGCAGGCAUAAACAGCCACCGUCCUAGUUCUAUACUCUCUAUCAGCUCAGAAGAUAGUGUCAAUUUGAAUGAUCUUAUCAAUGCAAAUUACGGAACGGAUAUGGAUGAAGAGCUUGAAUUACCAAAUUUUGCCUUGCUGGAUUUGGUUGAUGACUCUAGCGAGGAAUUUUGGAAGCUUGACAAUAUCCCGAAUUAUCUGACUUCAGUUCCAAGGAAUCAGGGCAGUAACGUAUCAACAUAUGAAAACCGUAAUGAAUUUGUAAUACCGCCCGUAGCAGAAAACGCUACUAUCUACAAGACUACCGAAAGCGUAACGUUAAUGAGUAAACAGAAAAGAGAACAUGACUUCACAAAAGCGAUUAAUUACAGUAUUGCAGACACAUACGAGACUAAACUCAAUGAGUUGUAUUAUUCGGUGCCGUAUGGUUCACCUUUGGCAGUAGCCGAUAGUGCUCAACACAGAAAUGAUCGUUCUGGAAGUUUCAGCAGCGAAAAUAGUCUGACUUCCCAAUCAACGUCUACGACCACGGUUCGAAGUAACAAUUCUUGGCAGCCCACAGCUUCCACUUCCACUUCUACAAUAAAGGCAUCCUCUCCUAGAUUUAGAGGAAGUGUACUAACAACUCGACCGUCAACUUCUACAACAACAGGGCAUACACAGAAAGGAAGACCACAAAGAAAAUUCUCCAAAAUACCUAGUAUAUCCGAACAUUCAACCGUUAAGAGCAAUACCACUACAACCUCUGGUCCUACUAUGCCACGUUUCCUGUAUCCUUCACAAUCUACAUUACCCAAACGCGCAACUCAUAUACCUUCAUCCUCCUCUUCUGUUACAACAAGAGUUGUCGAUAAUAAAUCCUCAUCAGCAUUGAUAUCACUGUCCUCCAAAUCGUCGAGUCUACAGUUAGCGACAAAAAAACCCAAUAAUAGCAAUAAUACACUGCUGACUCGGUUUGCUAAUAUUAAUCAAAAAGAUAAUACUACUAUUCUUACACCAGCAGGGCCUUCAAAGAAAAGAGAAAGUCAUAUACCUACUCUCCCUACUAGAAGCACUACUUCCCUUGACAUGUCUCCAUCUUCUUCAAUCUUUUCCUUGAAUUCCUCACCCUACCGACAACAUCAGACUCUUACAGCACAUUACUCAUCAAAUACUAGGCCUCAAACUGCUUUAGAUUCUAGACAUCCAGUAGCUGCAACAAACAAGUUUAAAAUACGAUCAACUUCUAUGUUAAAGAUGCCGAGUGCUUCCAAAUCAACAGGCCUGGGUCUGAAAAAGCCAGCAAGUUCUCGGAACUAUUACAGUUAA